AUGGUCACGUCGUGCGUGGAGAGCAUCUUCCUGGGCGCCCCAGGGCUGCAGGCGUGGGAGAGCAACCUCCUGCGCGAUUGCCCGACCUCAGCUUUGGGCUCCGCGCUGCACAACUUUGACUACGACCUGUGCGAGCAUGAGUUUGAAGCGGCCCUCGCUGCCGAGCCGACCCUGUUUCUCGCGUGGUGGGGCCGCGCCAUGUGCAACGCUCGGCCGAUCUGGAACGUGGAGGACAUCCCCGCGGCGGUCGCCGUCCUGAAGGCAGCGCGGCAGCACUCCGACUUCCCCGGCGCUAUGGACAACCGGGAGCAGGCGUACUUUGCCGCGGCGGUCGCGUUCACUGGCGGUGACAACCCGCCUAUGACACUCGCGGCAACGUCCGCCACGCGGCCGCGACGCUACGCCGCCUUCCUCGCGGCGGUCAGUGCCAUUGCCGCCGCGCAUCCCACGGAUCAGACUGCGCGCUCGUUCAUGAUCCUCGGCAACCUCGCGGCUGGCUCGGUGGGCGACUGCGCCCUCGACCCCACCCUCGCGCCCUGCCGCGCCGCGCAGCAGCGCGCGCGCGACCUCGCCGCUUCGGCGUACGCGUCGGACCCGUCCUUCGCCGGGACUCUGCACUAUGGCAUGCACGCACAUGACUUUGCAAACGCCACAGUGGUCGCCGGUGGCCUCCCCUACGCGCGCGAGUACCCAAAGCGCGUCGUCUCGGCGACUCACUCGCUCCACAUGCCAAGCCACAUCUACCAGCGCCUCGGCUUCUGGCGCAAGGCCGCAUCCGCCAACGCCGCCUCGGUGCACGCCGCUGACACGUUCUCACGCUCGGGCGCGCUUUUGCACUCGGGUGGACAGAUCAAAGCGGCGGGAGGGUUUGGGCACAGCUACAAUGCCGCCAACCUCUACCACUCGCUCGAGUUCGAGCACUACGAGCGGCUGCAGGGCUGCCAGCUGGGACCGGCCCGCAAACGCCUUGCUCGGAUGGGCUACGCAGUCGAGCAGGCUUCUCGCGUUCCACGCGUGUGGGACGAUGCAGCAGCCACGCCCAUCUCCAGCCUGGACCCCUCCCGCUUCGUCUCGUCGGUGGGUGGCGGAUGGCUGAACGCAACGGCGUACGCGCAAUGGGAGUAUGGCAUGUCGUCGCGCCAAGCCCUCUGGAGUAUGCUCACCGAGAUGCUCGGCGCCGCCGAGGCUGACGCUACCUUUGACUGGCGCACCCUUCCCGCGCGCCGGCUCCCGCUGCCGCUGGCGUACCAGGGAGCCUCGGUGACGUCGCACUCCUUCUUUUCUCCGCUGGCCGAGGCGGCGCUGCACAACGCCUACGCCCUCGCAUCUCUCUACGAGCUGGUCGAGCGACAGCUUCGCUCCAGCCCCGGUGGCGGGCAAGGCCCUGUCCUGCGUCCUCUUCCGGCUGAGACGCGUGAGGGCCUCAUCGAGGGAGCGUGCUCCUCCGAGGACGGCUGCCUCGCGGAGCGCGUCGCUCUCUCGCUCAGCGUCAUCGGCCGGGCUCUGCAGCACUAUGACGAUGUGAGUCAGCGGCACGAGGCGGCGUGCGUGCGUGCGCUAAUGCUGCAGGUGCAGAGUCUGGUCGCUCUCGCCAAUGGCAACACCAGCGCGGCGAUGCGCCUUGUUAGCGAGGCGGCCGCCAUCGAGGAUGGUGCGACUGCUUUGCUGCUGCCCCCGUCGGUGACGCUUCUCUUCCUACCAUCCGCCGCGCUCGAGGGUGCUCUGCGGCUGCUACUGCUCGGACGCAACACCACCGGGCAUGCACCGCAGGCUGCUCGUGCGGCUGUCGCCGCCUUCGAGCGCUGCCUCGCACCUUCCGCCUUCCCGCGAAUGCCGCUCUGCUUGCUCGGGCGAGCGCGCGCCCUCGUCCACGCCGGCGACAAGGAGGGUGCCAGUGCCAGCUACACGCAGCUGUUGCGCGAGAGCGAGUGGGAGGAGGACGAGGCUGAGUGUGGACGGGGGCUGGAGGAGGCGCGCGUGUACACCUCGGCGUCGCCUUCGCAGGGGCUGCUCGCCUUUGCCGCGUCAGAGCAGGCUGAGCCACAAGGGGAAAGGGGCAGCAACGCCCGGAUCGUCCGCAUGGGGUACCUGGCCUCGUCCUACUACCCCGACGGUAGCACUGCCGCUUGGGGUCAUGACAUGCGGCUUGCAGUCGAGCUGGCUGUGCAAGAGUUCAACGAGGCUGUGUCGCACACGCCCGUGCAGAUGGAGCUGGUCUGUGUCGUCGAGACCAAUGGCAGCGUCGCCGGCUUGAAUGCCACUCUUGCUCGCAUGGUGGACGCGGGCGUUGAUGCAGUUCUGGGCGCGGACUGGUCGCGUGUUGCGGUGGCCGCCGCGGCGUAUCUAGCACCGUAUCGUAUCCCGCUGCUGUCUGCCGGAUCCACCACUUCGGCGCUCGACCAGUCUCCGAACGUGUUCCGCUCCGUCUACUCAGACUCGCGCGCUGCGGCACUGCUUCUAGAGGUGGUGCGCGAGCGCAUUGUGUACGGCGGCGCGACUGACAAGCGGAUCGGCAUACUGGGAUCCCAGGACGCCUUUGGUCUUUCGGGCGUAGAUGUUGUCAAGGCGUCGGCGCGGCGCGCCGGAAUCGACGUGUCCGCAGUGGCAGCCUUCCCGAGCACCGACCCGACGACUGGCGAACUGAUUGGCGACGGCUGUGCGGUGAAUGCGAGUAACAUCCUUAUUGUGCAGCAAGCGGUCGAGUCCGUGCGGGCCAGCGGAGUGCGCACACUUGUCGUCUCGGCCACGGGUCCCUCAACGCAGUGCAUCUUUGCUGCGGCGGCGGCGCUGGGCAUGACUAGCGAUGCCUCAUACACCUGGCUGGCGACGGAGGAGGUGCACCCGACUGGGGGCUGGACGUCUCCGUGGGGGCGCCGAGUGGCGACAGCCGCGGUCGGAUACGUCACGUACUUGGGACGCCCGUACGAGGGGUCGCCAGCGAUGCGCCACUUCGAGCACCGUUUCCGCGAGGAGCAUGGGCACGCCCCUUCCUCUGCUUCGUGGGCCGGAUACAGCUUCGACCUGGUCGGCCUGGUCUACGAGGCUGCACGGGCUGGCGCCUCUGCUGACGCUGACCGCUCUCUCAUUACCAUGCUACGCACCAUCGAGUAUGACGGUAUCACGGGCCCCAUCAGCUUCCCGGCGGGCUCGAGCUCGCCCCCCACUGCGCGCAUCGGCAUGCUGCAGCUCAACCAGACGGGCACCUUCACGACCGUCGGCGUCACUGAUGGCGUCACCGGCGAGCUAGACUUGUUUCUCGCUCCCUUCUGCAUCCCAUCGCCGGGCUCCGGCCUGGGCCCAUUUCUCGCCGCCAUCCUAAUCGGUGCAGCAGUUGGAGGUGCGGCCGUCGCGAUUGUCACUCGACAGUCCUCCCGGCAGCGGGUGCCGCCGCCGAUCGAGGAGUGCUGCUACGCGCGAAUCUAA